AACAUCACGUGGUUCCGGGGCGGGAACAUAGGCCCCGCCCCUGAGAGUCCUGCCCCCGGACGCCGGAAGCGCCUGCGCUGGGCUGCGGAGUCGCGGGGCUGCGCGCCCUCGGACCAUGGCGACCCAGGCGAAGCGCCGGCGGGUGGCAGGGCUUGCGGGCAGCGAGGACCCGGCCCCGGUGGCCAGCUUCCUGAGCUGGUGCCGGCGGGUAGGACUGGAGCUGAGUCCCAAGGUGGCGGUGAGCCGGCAGGGCACGGUGGCCGGCUACGGCAUGGUGGCCCGGGAGAGCGUGCAGCCCGGGGAGCUGCUGUUCGCGGUGCCGCGGGCCGCACUCCUGUCGCAGCACACCUGCUCAAUCAGCGGCCUGCUGGAGCGAGGUGGUUACGCCGGCGGGGGUGGGACGCCGAGGCGGGCCUGCGGGGCAGGCUGGGGCCCUAACCUCUUCGUCUCCCUCAGAGCGAGGCGCGCUGCAGAGCCAGUCGGGAUGGGUGCCGCUGCUGCUGGCGCUGCUGCACGAGCUGCAGGCCCCGGCCUCGCCCUGGAGCCCCUACUUUGCGCUGUGGCCCGAGCUGGGCCGCUUGGAGCACCCCAUGUUCUGGUGAGAGCCGUAGGAGGGGCAGCACCGCCAGAGGAGGAGCGCCGGCGAUUGCUGCAGGGCACCGGCGUACCCGAGGCUGUGGAGAAGGAUUUGGCCAACAUCCGCAGCGAGUAUUAUUCCAUCGUGCUGCCCUUCAUGGAAGCCCACCCCGAUCUUUUCAGCCCCAGGGUUCGCUCUCUGGAGCUCUACCGCCAGCUCGUGGCUCUUGUGAUGGCCUACAGCUUUCAGGAACCACUGGAGGAAGAGGAUGAUGAAAAGGAGCCAAACUCCCCUUUGAUGGUGCCUGCUGCAGACGUACUAAACCACUUAGCCAAUCACAAUGCCAAUCUAGAAUACUCUCCAAAUUGUCUUCGGAUGGUGGCCACUCAGCCCAUUCCUAAAGGCCAUGAGAUUUUCAACACUUAUGGGCAAAUGGCUAACUGGCAGUUGAUUCACAUGUAUGGCUUUACUGAACCGUAUCCUGACAACACGGAUGACACGGCUGACAUUCAGAUGGUGACGGUUCGUGAAGCAGCGUUACAGGGAACAAAAGUUGAAGCUGAAAGGCUCCUACUGUAUGAACGCUGGGAUUUCUUAUGCAAACUGGAGAUGGUAGGGGAAGAGGGAGCCUUUGUGAUUGGGCGGGAAGAAGUGCUGACAGAAGAGGAACUGGCCAUGACACUCAAGGUACUGUGCAUGCCUGCUGAGGAGUUCAGAGAAUUUAAAGACCAGGAUGGAUGGGGAGAUGAUAAAAGGGAAGAGGACAGCCUGACAAUCACAAAUAUCCCCAAACUCAAAGCAUCAUGGAGACAGCUUCUUCGGGACAGUGUUUUAUUGACCCUGCAAACCUACGCCACAGACUUAAAAACUGAGCAAGAUUUACUCAAUAGUAAGGAGGUCUACGCCACACUCAGCUGGAGGGAACAGCAAGCCUUACAGGUUCGUUAUGGUCAGAAGAUGAUCUUACACCAAUUGUUGGAACUGACUAACUAGCAGGUUCCCUUUUUCCUGAAGGAAUGUCCAGGAGAAGAACUUUCUGCUAAGCUGGUACGCAUUGAUGCUUGAAAAGAAGGAUAAUUUGGACCUUUUGUUUUGCAUUUCAUACUAAAUACCAAAAGGAAAAGUAGCAAAACUGUUGUCUAGGAUGAAUUCCAAGGUAAGAGUGACAUGCUGAAGGAUUUGGGAACAGCAGAUGUGGGAACUGCUGCUUUUUGUUAUGAACACUAAUAAAUUUUAUGGCUGUUUGGUUCUCAGCUUGAUCCAAAGUUAGCAGAAAUGUGAUAGUGAUAACAUUUUAUUGUAGUCUGGCAUUUAAUAACAUGGACUUUGAAAGUAGACCUGGUUCAAAUCCAGGUCUAUUUUGAACAAGUCACUUUCCCUUAGUUAACAACUGUUUCCUGUUGGAGGAUUUAAUAAGCUAUGUCACUGGGACUCUGAGCAAUUGUUUAAAUUCCUUAAGCAGCCUAGAUGGCACAACUCACCCUUAAGACACCAAUGACGUUCAAGUCCCCAUGUAAGAUUUCUAUUUAAUCUUGAACCUUUUUGUCCUCUCUGGCCAUAAAACUUGACAGUCAUGAAAGGUAAGGUAUAUAUUAGGUAAGUUUUAAAUACAUACCUACUCCUUUUCUUUUAGAAAUUAUAUCUAACGUUGUAAAGCAAUUAUACUCCAAUAAAGAUGUUAAUAUUGAAACA